AAUAUCAAACAACAAGAAGCAAAUAUAAGUACCGAAAAAAUCAAUAAUCAGAUUUUAUUAUGCUGUAUGCAGUUGUCUUGGUAUAGUAAUAGUCAGUUAAGCCGGUUUUUAAGUAUCAGCUUAGUCUAUAAAUUUAAGUCGAUUACAAACACUAGUGACAGUAGUCUGUCAAAACUAGACGGCGAAGCUGUCACAUGA